UGUUGAAAGGAAAGUCUGCAUUGUCAGUGUUGUCCUUAAGUAGCUUCUCAUCGUGCCCUGACAGGUCAUGUAAGGACAUUUUGGCACGCAGCCGGAUCGGGGAAAUGAUGAGUUUACGGCCCGCCGCACACGCUGUUUGACACGCAGUUACUCUCUAAGGAUAUCACGGCUGAAAACAAGCUCACACCGAGUCCACUGUAGUGCUGUUAAAUUGGGCAUUUUGUAGCCUAAAAUUUCUCCCAAAAAUUUUUAAGAGCACAGAGAGAGAGUCGCCGAGGAAUGACGUCAGGACGUAUUACAUUGAAUGAUGACGCCGUUUGAUCAUUAAAAAAAUCUGCCGUUAAAAAAAAAUCAGAGAAUUGGGUCAGCAAACAGCACGGUAUGAAUGUAACUCCGGUGGGUUCGUUCGGUGGUUCAACUUUGACAAAGAAGCCCCCGCUUUGGCGUGAAGUAACCUGCUCCGACGGGGAGAGAGGGAGAUGUCCGGUGUUUUCCAGCAUCUGCCAACGACAGCCGUAGCCGUUAGACCGGUCCGUCUGUCUGUCUGCGUCCCUCGGCUGGGUUUGGUAAGACCCGUUUGCCCGGAUAACGUUAACGCUGCUGCGGUCCCGGGCCAGGCUCGGGUCUGAGCGGUUAGCCGGGGGAAAGCAGAGACGCCGACAGAUACCACCAGAGAGGAGCUGAGAGCUGCUCUGCUGAGACCCAGGAAAUCACUCCUCGCCUUGUCUCGACAGCCUGGUAGCAACACAGUGCACAUUUCAGUAGUUCCAAAAUACAGAAUUCAAGGACUUUAAAGUGGGAGCACGUUUGCUUGCGAUAUGUGAGUCUCGGCAGUUCUGCCACGCAUCUAGUUUUGCCGGAGAAGUAAAAAGUUUGGUUUGACAAUGUCGAGCCGCCGGAAAUCCACCACACCUUGCAUGGUGGUGCCCUCUGAUGUGGUUGAGCAGGAGCAAGAGGAGGUGGAGGAGAAAACAGAGAAAACGAAGGAGGAAGACGCUGGGGAGGAGGAGGAGGAGGGAAAGGUGAAGGAGGGAACGGAGGAGGGGCUGACUGCAGAAGAGCUGGGGCAGGCUGUAGUUGUUGUUCCUGUUCCACCAGAUUCAGAUGAACCUGGUGUAUCUACUGUAGGCAACAGAGAGGCUGUCGGUCCAUCACUGAAAAGCAGCACUACAAAUCCUCCUGAGGAUCUGAGCAGCGACCAGCCCACCCACGAGCAACAGUGUGACACCCCUGAGGAGGGGGGAGCAGACCCCGCGGCAGUUGCUGCCAUCUCUCUCAGCAAGACCCCGAUCAUGAGGAUGAAGACCAAAUCUGAACCCAAGAGAAUCGCUGUGUCCCUGAAAUCGGCAGACGAGGCAGCGGAGGCUUUUGGAGGAGGUGGCGAGGGAGAGUUGGGUGGGGAGCAGGAACCCAUUGAAGCUCCUCUGGGGCCGAUGACGCCUGUGGAGAUGCUCAUGCACGACUCCAUAAAGCUCGGGGGAGGCGGCUUGCUGAUCACCCCUCAGUUUGAACAGCAGAGGAAGUCCUCCAUUUUAAAUCCCACAGUCCUGCCUGCUGGUCUGGCACAGGUGCUCUCUGCCUUCCAGGCCCAGCAAAACACAGCAGCAGCUCAGCCCCAGCUGCUGAUUCCACUUAGCAGCAUCCCCUCCUACAGUGCCGCUAUGGACACUAACCCUCUGCUGGGCACCACAUAUAAGAAGUUCCCUUACCCCUCCAUGGCUGAGAUCAGCAGCCUGGCAGCACAGACACAGUUCACAGAGGAACAGAUCAAGGUGUGGUUCUCAGCUCAGAGGCUGAAGCACGGUGUCAGCUGGACUCCAGAAGAAGUGGAAGAGGCCAGGAGGAAGCAGUUUAAUGGCACGGUGCACACUGUGCCUCAGACUAUCACUGUCAUACCUGCUCACCAGCUGUCGGCUGCUGCUAACGGCCUGCAGUCCAUCCUUCAGACCUGCCAGAUAGUGGGCCAGCCUGGCCUCGUGUUCACACAGGUUGGCCCAGGAGGCAACCUUCCAGUGACCAGUCCCAUCACCCUGACAGUGGCAGGGUUGCCUAGCCAGUCCCAGAGCUCCAGCAGAGUUUCCUGCCAGCCCACCCUGACAAACAGUGAGCUGAAGCGGGCUACCACUAUCCAGCCUCCCUCUCUUUCACCACAGGAGAACUCAGCCCUCAGUGUUGACACAUUCAGCAUGCGACCUAAGAAAUCCAAAGAGCAGCUGGCGGAGCUGAAAGCCAGCUACCUGAAGAACCACUUUGUCACAGAUGCUGAAAUUGCCCGAUUGAUGAAACUUACCAACUUGACGAAAGGGGAGAUCAAAAAGUGGUUCAGUGACACCAGGUACAACCAGCGCAACUCCAAGAACAGCCAUGUCAUCGUGUUUCACGACGGAGGUGGUAGAAGCGGGGGCACAUGUAGCAGCGCUGCUAACACCACCAUUGUUAUCGACUCCAGCGACGAGACCCCGACAUCACCCCAUCCUCCACGUACACCUCCCGUGAAGGAGAAGGAGACCCGUCCCAAAACGUGGAACCCGUUUCCGGACUUUACCCUGCAGAAGUUUAAGGAGAAGACGCCGGAGCAGCUUGUGGUGCUGGAGGAGAGUUUUGAGAAGAACACCACACCUUCAGAUGAAGAGCUGAGCCGCCUGAGGACGGAGACUAAACUGACACGGAGGGAAAUUGACGCCUGGUUCACUGAGAGACGAAAAAUGCCAUCCGUCAGCACCUCGUCUCCAGAUUCCUCUGAAGGAGGAAAAAUAGAAACAGAUGGAGCAAAAGCAGGAGAAGGGGGAGGAACAGGAGCAACGGCCUCUUCUUCACCUCCUGCCUCCUCAUCUCGAAAAGGUAGUCAAACUCCUCCUGGGAAUCGCACCAAGCAUUUGCCCAGCAGCAACAGGAAGGACAUUAAGGACAAGAGUAAAAAGACUCCGGAGCAGCUCCAUAUUCUGAAAAGUGCCUUUGUUAGGACCCAGUGGCCCACACCAGAGGAGUACGAUCAGCUGGCAGAGGAAAGCGGCCUUGCUCGCUCCUACAUUGUCAGCUGGUUCGGGGACUCUCGGUAUUCCUGGAAGAACGGAAACCUGAAGUGGUUCUUUCAAUACCAAAGUGGCAACAUCGAAGGACCAAACAGCGGAGGUGGGAGUAAACUGGGAAGCGGCAGUCGGAAAAGACGUGGGCGAAAUCGUGGGUGGGGACGAUCCCGAACCAGGAAGCAGCCAAGAAGGUCCACUUCUUUAAGUUCGGAUGUCGACAGGCCAACCCCAUCAAAGAAGUUUAAGACUGGGAAGGAGAUCCUGAAGGAGUAUUACUUGAAGCACCACUUCCUCAAUGAGCAAGAUCUGGACGAGCUUGUCACCAAGACCAACAUGAGCUAUGAACAGCUCAUCCAGCCAAAUGGACGGAUGCAAUGGUGAGGCAUCUGUCCAUCCAUCCUUCAUAGUGCAAUUCACAAGAAUUAGAAAUAUUGGUCA